UAAGCGGCCUUCCGCUGAAUUGUUGUAAGCGAUCGAAAUGGCCGACGAUGAAAAGCUUCUGCCAAAUAAUGAGGCACAAAAUCAAGGAAAGCAAUCUGUUUCACAGGGGUCAACGGGCGAAAUGUCGCGUCCCAACAAUCUACAGCGUAUUGCACAAAAGAAGGCGAUGGUUAAAAAUUACUCGAGAACGAAAAAGCUGGAGAAACUGGCAGUAUAUUCAUCAUGCAAGACAGAGAAUUGCAAGUGCAAUGGCUGGAAGAACCCCAACCCUCCCCCUACUCCUCCACGAGUGGAUGUCUCUCAACCCCUAGCCAAUCUGACAGAUCCUUGCAGAAGCUGUAAUCACACACUGAGUGCCCAUGUAUCCCACUUGGAUAAUACAGCUGAGGAGGAGUUGAACCGCCUGCUGAGGAUAGUGGUGGAUGUAGAGAACCUGUUUAUGUGUGUCCACAAAGAGGAGGAUGCCGAGACAAAACAAGUCUACUUCUUCCUAUUCAAACUUUUAAGAAAGUGCAUCUUGAAUAUGAGUAGCCCCACUAUUGAGGGCCCAUUAGGGAGUCCUCCAUUUGAAAAACCAAGCAUAGCAAAGGGAGUCACAAAUUUUGUGGUGUACAAAUUUGGACACCUAGCUCAAAGGGAAUGGCAGACAAUGUAUGAUCUGGCCAAGAUGUUUUUACACUGUUUGAAUCACUGGAAGUUAGAGACCCCCACCAGUCGACAGCAGCAUGCAGGGACAGAGGACAUGCAAACCUACAAAGUCAACUACACAAGGUGGCUCUGUUACUGUCACGUGCCAGCAUUCUGUGACAGUCUGCCGCGAUAUGAGACGACCCUGAUAUUUGGCAGGACCGUGCUCAGGUCUGUGUUCCAAACCAUGAGAAGACAACUCCUUGAUAAAUUCCGUGCAGAGAAAGAGAGAAUGCCACCAGAAAAACGAACUCUUGUCCUUACCCAUUUUCCUAGGUUUUUGUCAAUGUUGGAAGAGGAAGUUUACGGUACAAAUUCUCCGAUCUGGGACCCCGAUUUUUCACAGAAUGCAGCCAAUGUGGCUGGUUCACCUCCAUCAACACCCACCACCCCUACAGCAGCCACCGGAGUUAGUGGUUUGAACAGAUUCCUCUCCAUUGGAUCCGUGCCCACCACCCCCACCUCUAAAGAGGCCGCCGAGAACUUCACCUCCAUCAAUCUAAGCCCCGGGGUGGGGCCAGCUCGACGGACGUCUAGGUCUGAUACAGGAAGUUCCGAGUUGAAGCGCAAACUUGAGGAGACAUUUGGUCCUGAGGACGUGAAGAGGAAGAGAAUUGAGGGUGACGUACCCUCAGACCUGGUGACCAACAUCGUAGCCACGAUCACUGAACCAGAACAGAUGGUGGGACCAGAUCCCACCCUUUUCCCAGCCCAUGUAGCUCGGGAUGAAGCAGCCAGGCGGGAGGAGAACAAAGGAGUGAUAGAGUUUCACGUGGUGGGGAACAGUCUCAGCAAGAAGCCCUCCAAACAGACCCUGGUCUGGCUGAUCGGCCUACAGAACGUGUUCUCCCAUCAGUUACCCAGAAUGCCCAAAGAAUACAUCACCAGGCUCGUGUUUGAUCCGAAACACAAGUGCCUGGCCCUGGUGAAGGACAACAAGGUGAUAGGAGGCAUCUGUUUCAGGAUGUUUCCCACCCAGGGCUUUACAGAGAUCGUCUUCUGUGCCGUCACCUCCAACGAACAAGUCAAGGGUUAUGGGACUCACAUGAUGAAUCACCUCAAGGACUACCACAUAAGUCACAGCAUCCUCCACUUCCUGACGUUUGCAGACGAGUACGCUAUUGGGUAUUUUAAGAAACAGGGUUUCUCUAAAGAAAUAAAGUUGGCAAAAUCAGCGUACCUGGGCUACAUCAAGGACUAUGAAGGGGCCACCCUCAUGGGGUGUGAACUCAACCCAAAGAUCUCCUACACCAACUUCUCCAGCAUCAUACGCAAACAGAGAGAGAUUGUAAAAAAGAUCAUUGAAAGAAAACAGGCAGAAAUGCAGAAGGUGUAUCCAGGCCUGAAGUGUUUUAAGGAGGGAGUGAGGCAGAUCCCGAUUGAAAACAUCCCAGGGGUACUGGACCGAGGAUGGAAACCUGACCCAGACAAAAGCAAGGAGGCCCCAAUGGACCCUGACCAACUACACAACAUACUGAAGACCAUCAUACAGCAAACCAGGAGCCAUGCCAGUGCCUGGCCGUUCUUGAAGCCAGUGGAGAAAUCCGAGGCCCCUGAUUAUUAUGACCACAUCAAAUUCCCUAUGGAUCUGAAGACCAUGGCUGAGAGAUUAAAGAACCGCUACUACUGUCACAAGAGACUGUUUAUCGCAGACAUGACGCGAAUAUUUACAAACUGUCGGUCAUACAACAAACCCGACACGGAAUACUACAAAUGUGCUAACACGCUGGAAAAAUUCGUCAUGGGGAAAUUGAGGGAUGCAGGACUAGUGGAGAAGUGAACUUAUCAAUGAUUUAAUAUGUUACAUUCUUCAUGGACCAUACACAUAAUUAUAUACAUGUACAUUCAUAUAUUACCAUUCAUUACAUGUCAUCACUGUUAUUUUUUCUUGUCAAUGAAUCUCGUUGUUGUGAAAAGUUUUAUUCUAGAAUAAAUGAUGCAAAAGUA